ACUAUGGCCCCUCAGCAAACAGGUAGCAGGAAGCGGAAAGCCUCUGAGGUCGAGCAGGGCGCCGGGACUUCUUUGUCGCCUGGGCGGGCGGCUGAGGUGGCGGGGACAGGCCAAGCGGAUGGGCCAUUGCUGCUGGCCAAGAGGCCGAGGCGGCCCGUGGCUCGCCGCUCCUUGGUGCACUACCUGAAGGGCCGCACGCUGGGCGCCGAUGGCCACCCAGGGCUCGCGGUUUUUGAAGGCGACCUGCGCAGCUACGGGGUCCUCAGGUUGCCCGAGCUGCUGAGGGAGCGCCAGCUGACCCUGGGCCCCCUCAACAAGGUGUUCGCAUCGCAGUGGCUCAAUGCCAGGCAGGUGGUGUGUGGCACCAAGUGCAACACGCUCUUCGUGGUUGAUGUCCAGACUGGCCGGAUCACUCGCAUUCCCUUGAUGCGAGACAGGGGGCCUGGACAAACCCGUGCCCAACCCACCUGUGGCAUCCACGCCAUCCAGCUGAAUCCCUCUAAGACCCUGCUAGCUACAGGAGGUGAAAACCCCAACAGUCUAGCAGUCUAUCAGCUACCCACUCUAGACCCUGUGUGCUUAGGUGACCGUCAAGGCCACAGGGACUGGAUCUUCGCCAUUGCAUGGAUGAGUGAUACCGUGGCUGUGAGUGGCUCUCGUGAUGGCACCGUGGCACUCUGGCGGGUGGAUCCUGAUAUGUUCAAUGGCAGCAUUCCUUGGCACAAUAAUUCAGGAAUUCCACGGUAUUCACACAUUCGUCCAAGGGACAUGGAGGCCAUCCCGAGGGCAACUACUAACCCGGGCAACCGCAAAGUGCGAGCCCUUGCAUUCAGUGGCAGAAACCAGGAACUUGGAGCUGUGUCCCUGGAUGGCUACUUCCACUUGUGGAAAGCCAGAAGCUCCCUGUCCAGGCUGCUGUCCUUAAGGUUGCCUUACUGCCGGGAGAAUGUGUGUCUCACCUACUGUGAUGAGUUGUCCCUCUAUGCUGUGGGUUCCCAGUCUCACGUUUCAUUCCUGGAUCCAAGACAACGUCAGCAGAACAUCAAGCCCUUGUGUUCCCGAGAGGGAGGCACAGGUGUGCGUUCUCUCAGUUUCUACCAGCACAUCAUCACCGUAGGCACUGGACAUGGCUCUCUGCUCUUCUAUGACAUCCGUGCCCAGAAGUUCCUGGAGGAAAGGGCCUCAGCUAGUCCAGACUCAUUUCUUGGGCGCACAGGGAGGAAGCUCAAACUCACUUGUGGGAGAGGCUGGCUCAACCAAGAUGAACUCUGGGUGAAUUACUUUGGUGGCACCGAGGAAUUCCCCAAUGCACUCUACACUCACUGUUACAACUGGCCUGAGAUGAAACUCUUUGUGGGUGGAGGUCCACUCCCUUCAGGCCUCCAUGGCAACUAUGCAGGCCUCUGGAGCUAA